AUGCCCCCGGAACUCUCGAAUAAAGAGCUGGAAGAGCGGCUUACCGCCGCCGGGAACAGCCUUCUUCUGCCUCCCUCCUCAGUCAUUGAGCUCUUGCCCCUUCUCGAUCAAAUUGAGGAGCUUCUUUCACAAGUGGAGCAGUCACCUACCCAAUCCAUGCAAACUGCUCUUUCUCCACUAACGAAGGCACUGAUCAUGGAAGAGCUUGUGAAGCAUUCUAAUGAAGAUGUUAAAGUAGGCGUAGCUUCUUGCAUCUGUGAGAUAACCAGAAUUACUGCACCCGAGGCUCCGUAUGAUGAUGAUAAAAUGAAGGAUGUCUUUCAAUUGAUUGUGCCACCAUUUGAGAAUUUGUCCGAAACAUCCAGCAGAUCAUAUGGAAAAAGGGCCUCCAUACUUGAAAUUGUAGCCAAAGUCAGGUCUUGUUUGAUCAUGCUGGAUUUAGAAUGUGAUCAGAUGAUCAAUGAGAUGUUCCAACACUUCCUCAAAGCUAUCAGAGAUUAUCAUCCAGAAAUCAUCUUUGCAUCCAUGGAGUCGAUAAUGACUCUUGUUUUGGAAGAAAGUGAAGACAUCUCUCCAGAUCUACUCAAUCCAAUUUUGGCUACCUUGAAAAAGAACAAUGAGAAUGUUCUGCCAAUUGCAAAGAGACUGGCCGCGAGAGUUAUUGAAAAUUCAUCUGAAAAACUUAGACCUUAUUUAGCACAAGCAGUAAAGUCUUUAGGUUCUCCUGCGGAGGAUUAUGGUGAGGUUGUAGCUUCCUUGUGCCGAGAGGAUACUGAUACAACACUUGUAAUUGUGCAGAUGGUUAGAGAAGGUGGGGAAGGGACCGAUUCUCAAGAGAAAGAUUCCACUUUGAUUGAAUCGUCUAAGUCAGUAGUUACUAAUGUUAUCAAUGAGACUUGUACUGAAGAUACUAUGGCAGAUUCCAAUAUUUCAAAGGAGGCUGAUUCUGACCAUCAGGUUGAUGCAAAAUCUGUGUCCAAAACUGAGUCUGAUGACUGCAGUGCUCAAAAUUUAGAGAAGCUGGAAACUAAUGCUACUGAUUCCGAACUUGUUGAAGCUGCCAAAUCUCAGAAUGAAGUAGAAGAUGCUACUAAUCAGCUUUCACCAUCACAUGCACCUGAAAAUGAGGCCAUAAGUGUUGCAUCUCCAGCCCAAAGUGUAAGCCUUUCUGGUGAGAGCCGAUCUGAAAUAGAUAGUCCGGCCAAAGGGAAGGAAUACCUGGUUGAAGAAGUGACAGUAUCUGUUGAUAUUGUUUAUAAGAAGGCAUCUGCUGGAGGAAGACGUUCGAAAUCAAAGAAGCGGCGGUGGGGUGGCAAAAAGAAGAAAUCUGGCAAGAAAACUGUGAAGGAUAAAGAAUUGACUGGAGAGGGUGCAUCCAAGAAUGAAGGGAGUGCAACAGAUUCAGAGGCAAGAUCACUGGACCAGACUCCUAAUAAUAAGACGGAACAUGGAUCCUCAAUGACUAAGGAAGACGACAAAAAGAAAGGACAUGUGAAGCCCACCUCAGGAGAAGUUCCACCGAAAUCUUUUGGAAAAGUAGUUCAUGCGGAAGACAAAGUGUCUUCACCUAGGUCGCCUUUAAAGGCAUCGGAAGAUGAAGGCACAGAAGAAGAAACUCCGAGAACUGUUGUCAAGAGAAAGCGAACUCCCGGCACAGAGAAGGCAUCUGGUGAUACUGAGCUCAACAAGAGUUUGGUUGGUUCGAAAGUUAGAGUAUGGUGGCCAAUGGAUCGGACGUUUUAUGAAGGCGUAGUUGAAUGUUUUGAUUCUGUCAAGAAAAAGCAUAAGGUCUUGUAUAAUGAUGGUGAGGAAGAAGUACUAAAUCUCAAACAAGAAAGGUGGGAGCUUAUUGAAGAUGACUCGGAUUCAGAUGGGAAUGAUGAUGCUGAACCUUCAAGUCAUGAUACUUCACCGGAAGUGCAAAAGAGGAAGAAAGGGAAUACAGAUUCAGAAGCAUCGAAAAGCAAACGUCAAAAACUGAACAAUACUCCAAAAUGUAAACAGAAAGACAGUGCAAUAAAAUCUUGGGACAAAUCAAAGGAUCAAGGCAAGGCAUCCGGUAGUAAAGCCAAAGGCAAAUCUGGUAAAGCAUCUAGCGGUAAAACCAAAGAUGGAUCUGUUAAAGCGUCUGGAGGUAAAAACAAAGACGACUCACCAAAAACCCCAAGCUGCCCCAAACAGGACAGUCAGAAAACUGCCAAGUCUAAAGGUAAAACCCCACAAAGUGGGAAAAACCUUGGUGAUGACGGUGGUGCCAUAAUGAAAAAAGUUGGUUCAUCAAAGGCAAAAGAAGCUGGUCAGAAGAAGGAAAAACUUGCUGACUUGGCGACAUCAUCAGGACCGGCGAAAGGGAAAUCCACGGAUUCUGCAAAGUCACGACAAACUGAGGUUAAGAGUGGAAAGAAGCGAAGAAGGUGA